UACCUCGAAAAACAGGUCCCGGCUUUUCAUUCAACAACCAAAAUGAUCAAAUCGUGGAUUCACCACCUGAAACGCGUCUAUUCUGCAUGUUCUUACCGCUCAUUCUGCUCCAAGCCUCGCGCCGCGGCGGCGACACCGACCCUGUUGGAGACUGCCGCGGAUUGGAGCAGCCAGCCGCCGGCUCCACUCCGGGGAAGGCGGUUCCUGGUGGGAUCGGGCAGCCCCGGCGUCCCGGAGGUCCUGCCGCCGCCCAGGGAGGGGUUCCCGCCCGUGUACGUCCCCGCGGAGAUCUCGCAGUUCUCGCCCGAGGACUGGGCGGUCGCGGCCCGGGACGUCGUCAGGAGAGUCGUGGACGGAGGGGUCGGGGCGGCGCUGUUUCGUGGUCUGCCUCUUCACACAGCAAAGGACUUUUCAAGGUAUUUGGCAACGAGAGUCGUGAACGAGGGGUCGGGCGGCGCUGUUUCGUGGUCUGCCUCUUCACACAGCAAAGGACUUUUCAAGACUGCAAGUGAUGAACCCCCCCUCACGUCUAUAGAACCGCACAACGAGAUGUGCUACACACACUACUACCCGGAAAAGAUCCUCUUCUUCUGCCAGCGGCCGGCCGAUCCGGGGCAGGGCGGGGAGACCGUGAUGCUGGACGCUCGCGAGGUCUUACGGAACCUGGACUCGGCUGUCGUCGACAAGUUCCGGACACUGGGAAUCCGGUAUGUCAGAUACAUGCCGGAAAAUGGAAAUUUCUUUCACGGGUACAACUCCUGGAAAGAGACCUUCCGCACGGACAGCAGGGAUGACGUAGAGAAGUACAUGAAGUCACGUGGGAUGGCGUGGCAGUGGGGAGAGGACGGGUCCCUCACCUGGUGGCACAACCUUCCCGCCAUGAAGCUUUACAAAGGAGAGUGGUUGUGGUUCUGCCAGCCCACCGGAUGCAAUGCUGACUUCAUCACGGCCCUUCCUGACUACGACAGUAGCAGGCCUGUCCCCUCUCACCUGAAUCCAUUCAACAGCCAAUAUGGCGACGGCUCGGACAUCGAACCAGAAGUUCUUCAGCACAUACGGGAUGUAACUUGGCAGGCCGCAGUCGGGUUCCAGAUGAAGAGACGUGACGUGUUGGUACUGAACAACAUGUACAUCCAACAUGGCCGUCUGGGCUACACGGGCGACAGGAAAGUGCUCGUGUAUCUGGCUGAGCCAAAUGCCUGAACUUGGACAUGAUCUAACAUCUGAACAGAGGUCAGGAAGAGGGCAGCCAUGUUUUUUUAGAUGUGGGAACUGGAGGGAUCUGAAAUCGGCAACAAAUUCUAGCUAAAUCAAACCAUCCAGUGCUCCUUUUGUAUUUUUAUACUAGAUGACUCCUUAUAGAGUCGUUAUGAAGUGUCAUUUUAUAACCAGAAACGAUUUUAAAUGCUCAAAACCUCACUUUGUCACCAUCUCGGUAAGUUGGAGCGGGUGCCACUUGUUCCGCCCUCUGACGUCUCAGCAUUUCUUUAGUUUUGAACAAAUUGAUAUACCAUAGAUUAUGUUACCUAUUAUGUUGCCGCGUCUCGUGCCCAGAAAUAAACGACCUGUACCAAGAUUUGACACAGCUGUCACAUACACAAGGAAAAAAAAAGCUUUACAAACCAGUAAAUAUGUGGGUCUUUGAGUGUUUAUUUUGUAGAAAACCGACCCGUGAAAAACGACGUCAACACCACUGUCGUCUGCAUGUCCAAUGAUUCUCAUGGGACCGCACUGAUAGCGUUCGAUACAACCCCCCUCACGUGAGAUGAGAAGUACACAUAUUCAUAAUUUUACUGUUAAAAGAAAGCUAGAAUAUCAUAAAACGCUAUUCUUAUUUUUGUUUACCUAAUUUCAUCAUCAACGCCUGAAGGGAGCAAAAUUACGAAAGCGUCCGAAGUUAGGGCACACUGUCUAGCGUAGACGCAUUCACGAAGGUACAUUCACGAAAACGCCUCAAAGUUUGUCGCUUGUAACGCGGAGAGUGAAGGACUCGUGAAUAGUAUGGAUUUCUUAUCCAAGUAUGUUGUUUACAUUAAUGUUCUCAAAACUGUUACAUCAAAACCUGAGUCUCUGACAACUAGCAACAGAGCGCCGUGAAUUCGAGUGCGUGAAAAAGCGUCCCGGAUGUUAGGGCACUCACCGUUAGAGGACUGAGAAAAACAACGUAGACGCAUUAAUGUGAAAGGAAAAUUUAUUUCAAACCAACAGGACA